UUCCACGAUGGCCUCGGUGGAUCCGGUAGCGGACACAAAGGGGCUGAGCUGGGCACUCGACUUGGGGGUUUUGUUUAGUCACAUGAAGCCGAACAGCCAGUGAGCAGUAGGGGGAAGGGGCCGAGAUCUGGCGGCCAGGGGAGCCUGGCAGUCGCCAUUGCAAUGUACUGAGUAACGGGGCGGUCCGAGAGUAGUCACCAACCCGUCUGCUCAGGGCUGCUCGGUGUUGGCCAGAAGCGCCGGCUCUGGCAUUAACUGUACACACUCCUCCCCUUAAAUGGGACCAGGACCGCAUCACCCCCUGCUUCCAUCCCCGCCUCCCCCGUUCUUUAAGAUCUUGUGCCGCUAGGUGCUUGGGAAGUUACAGCAAGAGGUAAAUCGCUCAAAGUGUUUGGGUGGCCAGGGGCUUGGUGGGUGUCCAGCUAAAGCUUUUUGCCUCUCCAGGUCUGAGUCCCUGGCCUUUGUGUCCCUGGGAGCUUAAUCUCUGCCAGAGGAAAGCAGGUGUGCUCCACUUCUCCCGUGAGCCUGAAGAUGAGUUGUCCCAGACCCUUCUCAGUGAUUGGAAACUUAGGUGGUGGAGCUAAAGGUUUCUUGUUACCAGACGUCCAGAGACGACUCUCGUGCUGGGAUCCAUCCAUGGUUUAGCAACAUUAGUGAAAAAGUUUUCUUGAACUCUUUCAGUAAUAUUGAUUUAAAAUUAGUUGUUAUAAACUUAAGUGCUUAGAUUUCAAAUUUUGUGUGGUCAUUAAACUGUACUAAGGAGAUGAACACGGAUGCCUGAAUGAAUGAUAGACCUCUUUUGCAUACAAGUUAAUAAUUUUAACUGAAAUACCAAUACCAUCAUCUGCUCUGGCCAGUCCUGACUAACAUUAGGUUUGUUGCAUCUGGAUGACAGGUUAAACUUGCCUUAACUGUAUAUUCCCUCCCUUAUAGUUUAGUUACAUUUUGGUCCCAAAAGAAGGAAAGCAUUUAAAAAAACAGACAGCUAAAGUUCCUCAAAGAAGGGAAACCUGCUAAACAGCAGGUGCCAUGUUGUAAGUAUCCAGGGAAUUUGAUGGCAGCAGUAUUGCAUUGGGAGGCUUGGUAAGGAAAUAGUUUUUUUUUUAAUGAGGUUAUAAUUUAGCUUAGACGUUUUAAUAGGUGAAACAUGAAGGCUAGGCUAGUACUAAUGCGUUGGUAUACGGCAGUGUAAGCUUUAGGACAUUCAACAAUCGAAAGGUAGACUGCACUUCUGGCUAUAUUAUGCCCUCCAUAUUGGUAUUAACUAAUAUUUGCAAUUCUGAAUUUGGAAAAAGCUGAUGUUUUAUUUUUGCCAGGCUACAUUGACGACAAAGUUACUUGAUGGAAAGGCUAUGUAAAUUUAGAUCAUUUUAUUUAGAUCUCUGUAUUCAAUUGAAAUGUGAACUUAUUAUUUAAAACUUUUGUUUUUCAUGUUUCUUUUUGAUAUGUAUUUCUUCCCUUUUCGCUUCUCUCUUGAUAGAGAACAGUUUUGUUGCAUUAAUGAAUAGGAGGUAUAUUAAUAUCUGUAAAAUACGUUACUGAAUCAUAAACUUUUAGAGUGGAAGGAAAUGCAGAGAACAACUAGUUUUAGGUCUUUACAGUGAAUACAUUGAGGACCAGAGAUGAUUAAGUUGGUCGCAUAGUGGAAAAUUACCUCCCAACUUCUUCUCCAUUGCACUUUUUAUUUGUCACAUUAUUGGUGUGAAAAGGUAAAUAUCUGCAACUAAUAAUGGUUAAAAACAAAACAAAGGAAUGUGUGAAUACUUGUCAGAUACUAUUAAUGAGAACUUCCGUGACAGUAAGUUAGAAACAUUUUUAUUUAAUGUGAUAUGGUGACAUAGUUUUUAAAGUAACUUUCAGUGACACAAAUUCAGAUGCAAAAUACCAAAAUUUCAAAGCAGCUUUGCUUUUGAAGUAAUUUUGCAAAAAGUAAUCUGGACCCAAAAAAGAAAAAAAAAAAAAAGUUGGAUAAACUUCCUGAAAUCUUUGAAAUAAUUGUCAUUGUUACGAGUUAUUACAGAAAAGAAAUGAGAUAGAUGCUGACAACAAUGACACUAGUCACUUUAAUUUUGUAACAUUUUGGUUGGAUAAAUGAACAUGCUACUCAGAUUGUCCUUUUUCUUUUGUCUAAAACAACUUUUAAGACUUAAGUACUAUCACUACUGCUGAGAAGUAGAUCUGUUAGGAAAUUCAACAAAUGGUGAAAAUAUUUAUGCCGGGAUUCCACAGUGAUCUGUAACUUCUUUGGAUGUGAAAUUUAGCGAAAACAGCUAAAUUGUUUUAAGGCUUUAAAACUUUAAUGAAUCAUUUAAGGUGUAUUUAAGUGAUUUUUUUUAAGAAAGCUGAUGAGCUAUUUCUAAAUUUUCAAUACUGUGUGAGUGGAUUUAAUUGCACUGUAAUCUUGUGAUAAUUAGCACUACUCUCAGAUUAUUUGUAGUUAUAAAGUGAGCCCAUCAUCUGCAAACCUUAAACAUUUUGCAGGUUUAAUUUGCCAUCCAAGUUGUAAGAAGGAGAGUUUUAGCUGUGGUUGAAUCGAGACUAUAAUGGAUAGCAGGAGGGGAAAAGAAAAGACUAAAAGGGACAGUCACUAGAAGUGGUGGGGAUACCUGCAAUUUAGAGAAAUCGGCUGUCAGAAAAGUUGAGAUGCAUCUUUCUCUCAUCUCAAAUACACUGUUACUUGUUUAGAGUGACUUACUUAGACUCUUUUCUCAGGAUGUGAUCCAGGAAGGAAGAGAGUGGAUCUUGUUCUUGUGGGAAUGCUUUUCUUGUGACUGCUUUUAAGGCAGAUCUUAAGACAACAGUAGCAUGCACCAAAUGCAUAGAUUGACGUGUUGUAUUAUCCAGCCCUAAUUUUGUAGAAAGGAAAAGGAGCCCUGGUGGUGCAGUGGUUAAGCGCUUGGCUGCUAACCAAAAGGUCAGCAGUUCAAACCUACCAGCGGCUCCAUGGAAAAAAGAUGUGGCGGUCUGCUUCCAGAAAGAUUCAUAGCCUCGGAAACCCUAUGGGGGUCUUCUGCCCUGUCCUGUAGUGUCGCUAUGAGUCGAAAUUGACUCCAUGGCAGUGUGUUUUGGUUUAAUUUUGUAGGACACUAGUUUUAUCAGGCCUUUAAAAAGAGUGUUAAUUUUUUUUAACUGAUUACCUUGUAAAGUAAAACAUGAGACUGAAAAAUGGAUACUUUAUAAUACUUUGGAUAGAUAGCCAGAGGAGCUUUAAGUGUUUUUACAUUUAAUCGUUAUCAUUAAUUUUUCCAUACAGAGAAAGUUUGUUAUGUAAAUGGAGAAUCUGUAUAUAUUUACUGAAGUUAAAAGACUUGAACAAUCUUAUUAGGUGUAGUAUUGACUGAAUAAGCAGUUCUAAAAGUGAUGUCUCUUGAUUUCAGGCCCAUUAGAGGGAAAUAGAUGCUUUUAAUAGUGCAAGAUCCAUUGUAUUUACACCACUGACUUGAGGGAUAUGAGAUUACAAGCAGUCCCCAAGUUAUGAACAUCCAGUUUACCGACAGCUUGUACUUAAGAAUGGACUGGUUUGAUUUAAUUUCGAAUGAGAUUAUUCUUGCAGCGAGAUGUUAAUAAAACAAAACCUAGACUAAAUGUGUUAAAUGGGCUUGCCAACAACAUGGAUGAUACGAAGAUAAACGCCGAUAUUACUGGUGCUAAAGAAGAACUCCUAGAUGACAACAAUUUUAUCUCCGAGAAGGAGAGUGGAGUUCCGGAACCAAAAGAUUGUCAAACAUCAUUUCAGAAAAACAAUACAUUGACUCUGCCUGAAGAACUGUCAAAGGACAAAUCUGAAAAAGCCUUAAGUGGAGGCCAGCCUACUCUAUUUAUACAUGCUGGUGCUCCUACUGUUUCUAGUGAAAACUUUAUCUUGCCUAAAGGAGCUGCUGUUAAUGGACCAGUUUCACACUCCUCCUUAAAUAAGACUUCCAAUAUGAAUAAAGGCAGUGUUUCGUUAACCACUGGACAGCCUGUGGAUCAGCCAACAACAGAAUCCUGUUCAACUUUGAAGGUGGCGGCAGAUCUUCAGCUGUCUACACCACAGAAUGCAAGUCAGCACCAAGUUUUAUUUUUGUUAUCAGAUGUAGCACAUGCUAAGAAUCCAGCUCAUUCCAUUAAAAAACUACCUACCUCUGCUACAGUUGGUUGUGACAUUCAGAAUUCAGUAGGAAAUAGUAUAAAGUCAGAUAGCACUUUAAUAGAUCAAGUAGAGGUGGGUGAAGAUAGUGAAAAUUUAUUGGUAAAAGAUGAUUGUGUCAAUACAUUAACAGGAAUUUCCUCAGGUACAGAUGAAUUUAGGUCAGAAAAUGAUACGAACUGGGAUCCCCAAAAAGAGUUCAUUCAGUUUCUUAUGACUAAUGAAGACACAGUAGAUAAAGCUCCAGUUCACUCUAAAGUGGGUCUAGAAAAAAAGAGAAAGCGGAAAAUGGAUGUAAGCAAGAUAACUCGUUAUACUGAGGAUUGCUUCAGUGAUUCUAAUUGUAUAUCCAAUAAAUCAAAAAUGCUAGAAGUAGACAUUCUGGAACAAAAUGAGGAACUACAAGCAAUAGACUCGCAGAAAUAUGCAUUAUCAAAAGUGAAGCCCGAGUCAACUGAUGAAGACUUGGAAUCUGUGGAUGCUUUUCGACAUCUAAUAUAUAACCCAGACAAGUGUGGAGAAGAAAGUUCACCUGUUCAUACUAGCACUUUUCUUGCAAAUUCCUUAAAAAAGAAAUGUGAAGACAGUGAUUCCGAGUCACCUGCUACUUUCAGCGCUGAAGAGCCAUCAUUCUACCCCUGUACAAAGUGCAAUGUGAAUUUUAGGGAGAAAAAGCACCUCCAUAGGCAUAUGAUGUAUCAUUUAGAUGGAAAUAGUCAUUUUCGCCAUCUUAAUGUCCCAAGGCCAUAUGCUUGUAGAGAAUGUGGACGGACAUUUCGAGAUCGCAACUCACUUCUAAAGCAUAUGAUUAUUCACCAAGAAAGAAGACAGAAGUUGAUGGAAGAAAUUCGUGAAUUGAAAGAACUUCAGGAUGAAGGAAGAAGUGCACGAUUACAGUGCCCUCAGUGUGUGUUUGGUACCAAUUGCCCUAAAACAUUUGUGCAACAUGCUAAAACCCAUGAAAAAGAUAAAAGGUACUACUGCUGUGAAGAGUGUAACUUCAUGGCAGUGACAGAAAAUGAAUUGGAAUGCCAUCGCGGUAUUGCCCAUGGAGCAGUGGUAAAAUGCCCUAUAGUCAGUUCUGAUAUAGCCCAGAGAAAAACGCAAAAAAAGGCUUUCAUGAAAGACUCUGUUACAGGGUCAUCCAAAAAACCAACUACCUACAUAUGUAAGAUGUGUCCUUUUACUACUUCAGCCAGAAGUAUUUUAAAAAAACACGUAGAGUACCUACAUUCAUCAUCAUGCAUUGAUUCAUUUGGUAGUCCUCUUGGACUUGACAAGAGAAAAAAUGAUAUCCUUGAAGAAUCUGUAGAUACUAUUAGCACUAAACCAUUAGUUAAACAACAGUCAACUACAUUUCCAAAGAACUCUGCUCUAAAACAAGAUGUAAAGCGAACAUUUGGAUCAGGCUCACAAUCAAGUAAUUUUUCGAAAUUCCACAAGCGGCCACACAGAAUACAGAAAGCUCGGAAAAGCAUCACCCAGUCAGGUGUAAAUGUGUGCAAUCAAAACAGCUCUCCUAAGACUGUUACGAAUAAAAGCAGCAUUGACCAAAAACCUAAGUAUUUCCAUCAAGCAGCAAAAGAAAAAUCUAACGUCAAGGCAAAUAGCAACUAUUUAUAUAGACACAAAUAUGAAAACUACAGAAUGAUUAAAAAAUCAGGUGACUCAUAUCCUCUGCAUUUAAAAAAAGAGGAAGCUAGUUCAUUAAAUUCUUUACAUCUGUUUUCAUCAUCAAGUAACUCUCACAGUGAUAGCUUUAUUUCAGAUUCUCGUAACUCUGACACCAAAAGGCCAGAAGGUUUGAAAGAACAUAGGCGUGUAGCUGUAAAGAGAGUAGUUAAGGAAUCUAAGAAGGAAAGUUCUGUGGGAGGAGAAGACCUAGAUAGCUAUCCAGAUUUUUUACAUAAAAUGACAGUUGUUGUUUUGCAGAAGCUUAAUUCUGCUGAAAAGAAAGAUAGCUAUGAAACAGAAGAUGAAAGUUCUUGGGAUAAUGUUGAGCUAGGUGACUACACUACGCAGGCUAUAGAAGAAGAAACCUAUAACGAUAUUAAUCAAGAACAUGUAAACAUAUUCCCUCUAUUUAAAAGCAAGGUAGAAGGUCAGGAGCCUGGAGAAAAUACAGCCCUUAGUUAUGAUCAAAAUGAUGGCUUUUACUUUGAAUAUUAUGAAGAUACAGGAACUAAUAACUUUUUGCAUGAUAUACACGAUCCUCAGCAUUUAGAAAAUGCAGAAACUUCAUUGUCAAAGCAUAGUUCUGUUUUCCAUUGGUCCGAUUUGUCUCUUGAGAAGAAAUCUUGUCCCUACUGCCCAGCAACAUUUGAAACAGGUGUUGGGUUGUCAAAUCAUGUUCGGGGACAUCUUCACAGAGCAGGAUUAAGCUAUGAAGCCCGUCAUGUUGUAUCACCAGAACAAAUAGCCACAAGUGACAAAAUGCAACAUUUCAAAAGGACUGGCACAGGAACACCUGUUAAGCGAGUUAGAAAAGCUAUAGAGAAGUCUGAAACCACUUCUGAACACACUUGUCAGCUCUGUGGUGGUUGGUUUGAUACUAAAAUUGGAUUAUCAAAUCAUGUUAGAGGCCACCUGAAAAGACUGGGAAAGACCAAAUGGGAUGCUCACAAAUCUCCAAUCUGUGUUCUGAAUGAGAUGAUGCAAAAUGAAGAAAAAUAUGAAAAAAUCUUAAAGGCAUUGAACAAUCGUCGUAUCAUUCCCAGACCAUUUGUAGCUCAAAAAUUUGCAUCAAGUGAUGACUUUUUAUCCCAAAAUGUUAUACCUCUUGAAGCGUACCGUAAUGGCCUGAAGACGGAAGCUGUAUCAGUGUCUGCAUCAGAGGAAGAUGGGCUGAGUUUCUUAAACGAUUGUGUUGAAACAAAGCCAGAAUUGUCUGGUGGGAAAAAGUCUCUUACACUGAUAGAACUUCUUAAAAAUAAAAGGAUGGGAGAAGAAAGGAAUUCUGCUCUUUCUCCUCAAAAGAUCCAUAAUCAAACUGCAAGAAAGAGAUUUGUUCAGAAAUGUGUACUUCCAUUAAAUGAGAAUAGUCCGUUGAUGUAUCAGCCACAAAAAAUGGACUUGACUAUGCAUUCAGGUAUGCCUGUGAAGCUUAGAACAUGUGUGCAUUGCAAUACGACGUUUAGAAGUGCUGUUAGCCUGUCCAACCACUUACGCGCUUAUGCACAAAAGAAGAGUGCUGGACUUUUGACUGGUACAGCCUUAGAUUGUAAGCAGAAGAAAUCAAGGUCAAGAUCUGGAAGCAAGAAGAAAAUGCUAACAUUACCUCAUGGUGCUGACGAGGUUUACAUUCUCCGAUGCAGGUUUUGUGGCCUAGUCUUCCGAGGACCAUUGUCUGUUCAGGAAGACUGGAUUAAGCACUUACAACGGCACAUUGUAAACGCUAAUCUUCCACGGACUGGAGCUGGCAUGGUGGAAGUCACGUCACUACUUAAAAAGCCUGCCUCCAUUACAGAAACUUCAUUUUCUCUACUAAUGGCAGAAGCAGCUUCAUAGAACAAGGAAACCUUUUAAAUAGCAAAUUUGAAUUGGAUGUAAAUUUGAAAUUCUUUGUCUUUUUUUUUUUUUUUAAGCCACAUUAAAUUAUCCGUUUAUAAAUAGUAAAACAGGAAAAUGGGGAAAAGUGAGUUACAAUGACAUCAGAGCAAAUUAAGUACUUAAAACAGUAAGUAGUCUAUAUAUUUUAUAGGGCGGAAGGUGUGUUUUUAAGGUUUACUACGUUUUGUCAGUUAACUGUGUUCACUCAAUAAAAGAUCAUUACUACAUGUAAGCAGCCACUUAUAAACUGUUGCACAUGGGUACUUAUAGACAGACUUAUUGGAAAAUUAUGUUCUCUUCAGUGUUACCAGAAUCAAGGCUCUGUUUAUUCCCCACAAGACUUGCAUAAAAAAAUAAGAUAUUAUAUUUUGUUUGUAUGUACUUAGUGUUUUGUAUAAUACCAGGAACCGCUAACUAAAUUUACUCAAUUUAGGGCAUUAAAUAUCAUGUACUUCAUAGUUUGAGACUGUUCACUCAAAUAGGGCAAUGAAUACUUAUUCUAUCUAGAUGUGUAAGUGUUUUUUUAAAACCACACAAAACGGUUUUUUUUAUACUAAAAAGUGGAGGGAGAUUUGUUUAAACAAAUAUUUCUAAAAGAAAUAUGUACAUAUUCCUGGAAAUUAUUUGUGGUAAGGAAAUAUUCUUUACUCCAGUUGCAUUUCUCAGACAAUAAAGUGGUGCAUCCAUGCUACCUCCUACUUUGUCAACAAAGAUGCUAUUUACCCUUUACAUUUUUGUAUCAUAAUAGAUUUUAAAAAAAUCUAAUGUUCUUUAUUGCAAGACAUCCUUUUGUUAACAGAUUUGUUUCUUUUUAAUGUUUCACCUAAAAUUUGACAUGCUUACAGGACAGGUUUGCCUCUUUAUUUAACAUUGUAGAAAUGUAAUUAAUAAACAGUGCUCACUACACAAUUUAGAAUAGACUUUCUCAUUUAUAUUCUCUUCCAAAUUUGAUCAGUUAGCAAAACUUAAUACACCAAUUGACAUAUUUCUACAUAUGAUGAGAAUGUUUACAAUUUAAAUUUUAGAACUUGUUUUGGAUGUAAUUAUAUGUACGAAAUCGUGUAACACUAUGCUCAUGCUAAGAACCGACAUAGCGGAAUUACUGAAAUAAAUGUGCUGUGAGGAAUGGAAAAUAUGGUGCAGGUGUCUUGGUCAUGAUAAAUUGUGAUUGUUCUUUUGAACUCUUUCCAAAAACAAAUUAGUCCUUUUAAUAUGAAAUCAGAUUGCUUUACAAAUAACAGUUUUUGUAUGCAAGCACCAUUUCGUUUUAUUCCAUGUAAUAUGGCUAAUACUAUAGUUGAGCCAAGGAUAUGCAUUGAUAAUUUUCUUCGUAUGUAAAUAAAGUUAAAAACAGUUAAAAUAAGAAGUAUUUUGGUAGAGUAUAUACAUACCUCACUGCCAGUGAAAUUGCUUUCCUAUGGUAUAUCUCCUUACCAGAAAAAUCUCUAAAUAAAAAGAAGGCUUAAAGAAAACUAUAAUGUGAAGCAUUUCUUAUUUUUAUCACUUCACAGAUGGAAACAGUCCAUCUGAGGUUGUCCUUGAUUUGAUUUAAAUUGUUUUUACUUAGCAGAUUAUUCACAGGAUUUGGUUUUUCUAGAAGCACUGCAUUAGUCAAUAUAUAAUUUAUGUGAGAUAGGUAAUUUUUUUGACUAUCAAACCUCUAAAUCCACAACCACUUUGUAUGUGAAAUUAGGAGAUUAAACUAGAUAGAUCAUUCCCAACCAAAGGUCCCCUAAUCCUUGGGUUAAGUCUUAAGUCAAGGUUCUUUAGAGAAACAGAACCAUAGAUGAGGCCAUGGGAAGAGUGAAGAAUGAGGGAGCUGUAGCAAAACGUCUGUUGAUAGUUUGGAGGCAGAAUACACCCUAGGGAAACUCCCUUUUUUGUUCUUAAAACCUUCAACUGAUUGUUGAGGUUCACCCACAUUAUGGAAGGUACUCUGCUUUAUUUAAAGCCAACUGAUUUAAUCACAUGUAACUACUUCAUAAUAACAACUGGGAACCCUAACCUAGCAAAGUUGAUACGUAAAAUCACCUUCACAGGGUACUAGAUCAGGGAUAAGUACUUGUAAGUUAUUUUAAAUUUUUCAAAAGACUAAGUAGAAACUGCAUUUGCCUAUAAUUGCAAGACUAACUAUAACAUCACAUUUAAUUGGAGGACGUAAUACAUAGCAAGUGGAGUUCAGCAGGAAAAGAAGAAUCAUAACGAGAUUUCUGGUGUUAAAGGUUAGCAAUCACUAACGCCCCUUUCAGCUCUAAUUUUUAUAAUUUUAUCUCGUCAAGCCAGCUUUCAGGAUGUUUGAAUACAGGUAGAAUAGUUACUUUGACUGUAAGCUUCAGAAUCAAACCUAGAUGAAGCUUGUUUUUAUAUGUUGAACUAUAUUUAAAACUUAUUUUUCCUCCUAGAUAUAAAAUAAUUAAAUCAUCAAAAUAGAAUAAUUCAAAUUAGAAUAAUCAAAAAGUAAACUUGAGGAAUUCCUGAAAAGUAAACAAAACAUUUUUCAUAGUAAAAAUAUUAGGGUUACAAAUUUUAAAGAAUUCUUGAGGAAGCAUUCAGUCUGUCUUAUUUUUCAAAGAAAAUAGAUAUAUUUCCAUUUGGCUUCCACUAAGAGAAAAUUAUAAAAUGGUAUCUGAAGUUACAGCAUAGAUUUUCGUGUUCAGAAUAUGACUUGCAUUGGUCAGUAUUGACUAAUUUUCCUUUAAUUUCUUUGUCAUUGCCUAGUAUUUGAACUUCUUUAGUAUUAGGUGGUCGCUGUGAGUCGGAAUCGACUUGACGGCAAUAGGUUUUUUAGUAUUAGGUGGCUUUUUUUUUGUUUGUUUGUUUUUAAUCAGUUAGAAAUACUGAUUAAUAGCAGCAAGACAAGAAGUAAACUUCUCCGAAAGUAUUUUCCACUAUUCUUCUUAUAGAAUGUAUUAGAACUAUGGCAUGUCUCUGUUUAAGGUUUCACAUAUCUGCUUAUGGGUUUGGGAGAUGAUAAGUUGUUUGGUAAUAAUUUAAUAGACAAACUUUUCUUAAGGACAUACAUAUAACCUCCCAGAGACUUUGCAGUUAGAACAUAUCGGUCCAGUGGGUAACUUAGGUUUUUUUCCUUACUGUGGAAGUAUGUAAUACUCACUCAUACUCAAAUACCAUUAAAUGCCUAGGCAAACAACAGCAAUAAUAAUAAAUAAAAACUUACAGAAUUGAUACCUGUUACUGCAUGCAUAUUAGAACAAGGCCAAAGCCAAAAGAAACAAAGAGUAGAUAAAAUCUAGUAAAUUACUAUCUUUUUUUUUUUUUUUUGCUAUUCCCAACCCACUGCCUUUUGCUAUUAUAAUGUUAAAAAAAAUUCCCCCAUAUGAAAAAUUUGUCAUACCCUUCUAGCCUUGUUUUCCUGUUUAUAGACCUUAUUUCCCUUUCUAAAAAAAAAAAAAAAGCGAUCGUGCUGUGUAGAAAAUGAACCUUUAUUCUUUUAUCAGUACACCCAGAAGCUUUUUCACGCCACUAUAAAUAUUCUUCUUAGAUACACUUUAAAUUUUUGCGUAAUGUUCCAUUGUACCCUACACUGUUUACUCCGCCAUUGUCGAGCAUGUUAUGUUGUCUGCAGGUUUUUGGAAAGAGUGCUUUUGAUAAACGUCCUUGCAAUAAAUUUUUGUUCACAUCUGAAAUUAUUAUGAUUAAUUUUUAGUAGUGGAACUGGUAAGUCAAAGAGUUGGACGUUGCCCACUAAUUUGAGGCUAUAUAUAAUUUCCAAAUUGUGUCCAGAAAGGUUGUUUAACUAUAUACUCCUACCUACAAUGUAUGAGAAUUGCUUAUGGCUCUUCUCACCCUUGCCAAUGUAUUCUUUAAAACAAAAUAAACCUUUGUGUAUUUAAUAGGUAGAAAAUAGUAUCUUGUUCAUCUUUAAGUGACAAAGCAGAAUAAGUGAGCUUUUGAUCAUAAAGGCAUUAAUUUUCAGAAUUAAAAUAAUAAAAACUUAAGUAUGUAAUUGUUUUGCUAGAUGAUGUGUCUAAAAUAAUUUCAGCCCUGACUUAGUAGUUGGCUACUGAAACAAUAGAGGGUGUAAGUGUUCCUUAUCCAGAUUUUCAAGAGAUGUUUGGCGGCUUUAAAAUUGAUUUCAGAAUUUUGCAUUUGUACGUCUUAGGAAUUUUUCUGGGAAUUCAUAGCGCUCAUCAGAUGCUCAAAUUGGUCUGUGGACCUUUCCCCUCCACCCCCUGGAAAAAAAAAAGAGUAACUACUCUGAAAGCAGUAUUAUGUGACCAUAUCAAUUGCCAAGUGGUUUAUGUUUUUGCAUAUGAUCCUAGAUAAAUUCUAAUUAAAUUAACCCCAAGAUCUUUUUGGAUAGGUUUUUUUGUUUGUUGUCAUGUGAUUGGAAGAGAGAUAGUGUUAAAUAUUGUUUUGCAUAUUCUGAAAAAGUUGGGAGAAAAAGAUUAUAUAGAAGUUUGCUGUUAAAAUUAAUAUUUGAUGCCUUAAAGUAUAAAUCCAAAGAGCUCUUUCUUAAGCUUUUAAGGUCAACUCAUGGAAUUUUAUUUUUCUGAUGAUGAGUUUAGCAGAUUUCAGCAAAUACCUUUAAAUAAUGGGCUUUUAGAUACUAUUUUGUUCCAUUUACAACUGAAUUAAACUUCUGUAAACAUUUUAAGCUGCAUUUUAAAAUUCAGUAUAUUCAGUUUCUAUUUCAAGAACUUUAGUUCUCUGAUUUAAAAUCUUUUUAAGAACAUAAAUAUCUUUUAUUAUUAUAAUAAACUUAAUAAAUAUGAAUAAUAAAUAUGUGGAACCCUGCAUUCUCUUGAAUAUUUCAGUGCCUCAUAUAACUUAGUAAGGUUUCUAAGUUUCAAAUCACAUAAAAACAUAAAAAAUUACAAGUCUUAAGUCCGUUACUCAUUUACACAUUUUAAAUUGGCUUUAGAGGGCUGAACUGAUAUUCUAGUAGGCCUGAUUCUUUCUAAUAUUACAAAUACCCAAUAUGUAAAAGUAUGUACAAGUUGCCUCUUAGCAGAUUUUUUUUGUUGAUAUAUGUAUGUGUAUAUAACAUGAACAUAUUACUGUUUAAAGAAAAGUUUUAAAUACUGUUGAAGAACACUGUGUAUAUCAUAGCCAGCACCCUCAGAGAGCCCUAUUUUCUCUGCUCCAGUAGCACUUCCUCUCCAAAAACCAAACUCACUGCCGUCAAGUCAAUUAGCAACUCAUAGUGACCCUGUAUCCCAGUAGAAUUCCCUCCCUCUCGUUACCAUUCUUCUGACUUUUCUGACAUCGGUUUAUUUGCAAUACUUAACAGUUCGACUUCUUAUGAGUGCAAAAUUGUCCUUUCUUACUGUUAGUAGCCAUUUGGAUGGUUUUCAGUUUAUGGCUAUUAAGAGCUGUGGAGCUGUGAAUAUUCUUUUAUGUUUCCUGGUGAACAGUUUCUCUAGGGUAUAUGCUAAGGAGUGAAAUUUUUUGGGUUAUAAAGUAUAUGCUUCUUCAAUUUAGAUAUGGCCAAAUUGUUUUCCAGAAUAGUUGGACAAGUUUAUAUAGCUACAAGGAGUGCGUAAGGGUUCUCGUUCCUCCAUAUCCUCACUGAUACUGUUGUCACCCUUUUUAAUUUUUGCCACUUCGUAGGUGUGUUAAUGAUAUUUGAUUGUGAAUUUAAUUUACAUUUUCUGGAUUACUGUAAAUGGUCAUCUUUUCAUGUUUAUUGAACCUUGGAUUUGCUCUUUUGACAAAUAUCUUUAUAAAUUGUCCAUUUUUUUUUAUUGUGAGGUCUGCCCUUUUUCAUAUUGGCUCUUAGAAAUUCCACCAGUCCUUAGGUUAUACAUAUUGUAGUUACCUUCUAUUUUAUUGUUCUUUUGUUUUACUUGCUUUAUGGUGACUCUUAAUGAAGAGUUCUUAAUUUUAAUGUAACUGAAUUCGCCUUUUGAAUAUCUUUAGGUCUUCGUGUGGCAAAUGUUCUUGAUUUGCAUUUGCCUGAAGACACCUUUAUUUGAUCUUGAACAAUAUUUUCACUGGGUAUAGAAUUCUAGGUUGGCGGGUUUUUUUGUUAGUUUGUUUUCAGCAUAUCAAAGCUAUUACAUCAUUUUCUGGCCUUCAUUCUUGUAAGUUGAACUGUUGCUCAUUUUAAAAUAAGCUAUACUUUGUUUUUCGGCUGCUUUUAAGAUAUUUAUCUCUAGUUUUCUGAAGUUUUAAUGUGAUUUGUCUAGAUGGGAGUUUUUUUUUUAUGUUUGUCAAGUUCGGACUCAUUGAACAGAGUCACUAUAUCAAAAAGAAUUGGUCGACGUUAAGUGAUUUCAGGAGGUGGCAUAUGAUCAGGAACCGAUGGUACUGAAGGAAGAAGUCCAGGCUGCACUGAAGGCCCUGGCAAAAAACAAGGCUCCUGGAAUUGGCAGAAUACCAGUUGAGAUGUUUCAACAAAUGAUGCAGCCCUGGAGGUGCACACUCGUCUAUACCAAAAAAGCUGGAAGACAGCUACCUGGCCAACCAACUGGAAGAGAUCCAUAUUUAUGCCUAUUCCCAAGAAAGGUGAUCCAACGGAAUGCAGAAAUUAUCGAAUAAUAUCAUUAAUAUCACACACAAGUAAAAUUUUGCUGAAGAUCAUUCAAAAGCGGCUGCAGCAGUACAUCGACAGGGAACUGCCAGAAACUCAAGCCGGAUUCAGAAGGGGACAUGGAACCAGAGAUAUCGUUGCUGAUGUUAGAUGGAUCCUGGCUGAAAGCAGAGAAUACUAGAAAGAUGUUUACCUGUGUUUUACUGACGAUGUAAAGGCAUUUGACUGUGUGGAUCAUAACAAAUUAUGGAUGACACUUUGAAGAAUGGGAAUUCCAGAACACAUAAUUGUGCUCAUGUGGAACCUGUACAUAGAUCAAGAGGCAGUCAAUCAAACAGAACAAGGGGAUACUGCAUGGUUUAAAGUCAGGAAAGGUGUGUGUCAUGGUUGUAUCCUUUUGGCAUACUCAUUCAAUCUGUAUGCUAAACAAAUAAUCUGAGAAGCUGGGCUACAUGAAGAAGACUGGGGCAUCAGGAUAGGAGGAAGACUCAUUAAUAACCUGCGAUAUGCAGAUGACAUAACCUUGCUGAAAGUGAAGAAUACUUGAAGCACUUACUAAUGAAGAUCAAAGACCAUAGCCUUCAGUAUGGAUUACACCUCAAAGAUCCUCACAACUGGACCAAUAAGCAACAUCGUGAUAAAUGGAGAAAAGAUUAAAGUUGUCAAGGAUUUCGUUUUACUUGAAUCCACAAUCAGCACCCAUGGAAGCAGCAGUCAAGAGAUCAAAAGACUCAUUGUAUUGGGCAAAUUGGUUGCAAAAGACCACUUUAAAGUGUUGAAAAGCAAAGAUGUCACCUUGAAACUAAGGUGCAUGUGACCCAAGCCAUGGUGUUUUCAGUCUCCUCCUAUGCAUGCAAAAGUUGGAUGAUGAAUAAGGAAGACUGAAGAAGAAUUGAUACCUUUGAAUUGUGGUAUUGGUGAAGAAUAUUGAAUAUACCGUAGACUGCCAAAAGAAUGAACAACUCUGUCUUGGAAGAAGUACAACCAGAAUGCCCCUUAGAAGCAAGGAUGGUAAGACUGCAUCUCACAUACUUUGGACAUGCUAUCAGGAGGGAUCAGUCCCUGGAGAAGGAUAUCAUGCUUGGUAAAGGGCCAACGAAAGAGAGGAAGACCCUUAACGAGAUGGAUUGACACAGUGGCUGCAACAGUGGGCCCAAGCACAAUGAUAGUGAGGAUGGGGGAGUGUUCCGUUGUGUUGUACAUGGCGUCGCUAUGAGUAGGAACCAACUUGAUGGCACCUAACAACAACAAUUGAACUUUUAGAAAUUUCCUAGCCAUUAUCACUUCUGGGUUUUUUUUAUGCCCCAUUUUCUUUCUCUUGUUCUUUUGGAAUUCCAGCUAACUGUAUGUUAGAUCAUCUCACUGUCCUCUAGGUCUUCUACUGUCUGUUUUCCAUCUUUUUGUCUCUGUGUACUACAUUUUGAGUAGUUUCUUUUGACCUAUCUUCUUAGAUUUACUGAUUUUCUCAGCUGCUGUUAAACCCAUCCACUGGGGUCUUAAUUUUGGUUAUGUCAUUUUUCAGAUCUAGCAAUUCUGUUGGUUCUUUUUCAAAUAUGCUGUGUCACUCUUCUUGUUUCUAAUGCCUUGCUUGGUUUUUAUUUCUUUGAAUGUGCCCUACAUAAUUGUUUUAUAGUUUGUAUCUGAUAAUUCCAGAAUCUAAAAUAAUUAUAGGCCUGAGUCUUGUUCAUGGUAUCUUGUUUUCUUGUGUGCGUAUAUCUUUGACUAUAUGCUGUAUAUUAUAUUUGGAGAUUACUGUAGAACUAUUUUGAGGACUGGAAUAAUAUCUUUUUCCAUAGAAUUUUCAUGUAGUUCCACCAGGUACCUGGGAAUGCUACGGUUUAAACCAAAACCAAACUCACUGCUGUCGAGUUGACUCCGACUCAUAGUGACCCUUUAGGAUGGAGUAGAACUAUAGAGUUUCUGAGGCUGUAAUUUUUUACAGAAGCAGACUGACACAUCUUUCUCCCGCGGAGCUGCUGGUGGAUUCAAACCACCAACCUUUCAGUUAGCAGCCGAGCACUUAACCACUGCGUCACCAGGGGUCCUUGCCCUGGUUGAGAACACAUUAAUUCCACAUUACAAGCUUGAGUUUACCUGGUCUACUCAGAUGACCCAAAGUCAGGCUAUAAGAUCUGGAUCAUGGGAAGGCUGGCUUAACUUCUGGUCUACGUCCUACCCUGAGGGUGUAGUUUUGUCCUCAUAUCUUCAUGAGGCAAUCAGAUGUUCAGCUUUGUUGCAUGGCUAUUUAUUCCGGAUAGCACAUGUCCUCAGGGCAAAAACAAAAGGUUUCAGUCCUGGGUUGCCUUGCUGGCCUCUCAUCUUUUCAUAGGUUUUGACUUGGUAAUUCUUAACUAUCAUGUCAGUUUUCUGGUACUUUUAUAAAGGUUUUUUCUUUAUUAACCCGACUUUUUUAGUUGACCUCGGAGAGAGAGAAAUUAUUCAAAUUACCUAUCCCACCAUUACCAGAAUCAGAAGUCCUUAUAUACAUUUCUGAAAGGGCAAGAAUUUUGUAUGCUUUGUUUGCUUCUGUAUUCCUAGAAGAGUUCAGGCAUAUAGUAUACAAAAAGAUAUUGACUGAAUGACUAAAUGAAUGGCCUUUUAUUUGAAAGCAAAUUUAAAUACCUUAUAGGGCACAUUCCCCUUAUUUUUCUUUUUAAAAAUAAAAUUGGGCUAUUUUUGAGUAUUUUUUCUUUCAGAUGUAUUUUAGAAUUAGUUUGCCAAGUUCCAUUUUAACAUCCUGAGAUUUGCUUAGGACUGCACUGAAUUUAUAAUUUGUGGAAAAUGGGAAAAUACGAGCCUUCCUAUUAAGAAACAUGGUAUGUUUUUCCAUUUACCUUGGUCUAAUAUGUCUGAUAGGAAAAUCUUAUAGUUUUUUUAACAUAGAAUUGCACCUUUUUAAAUUUAUAGUAGUAGUUGUUGAUACUGGGAAUGGAUUUUUCCCAUAAUCUUCUAAUUGAAUAUUGCUGACAUAAAGGAAAACUAUUGAUUUAUUAGUCUUAUUUAUACCCUUUUUAACCUUACUGAACUCUCUUAUUCUAAAAAUUUUGUCACUUCCCUUGGAGUUACUAACUAGCAAAUCAUACCAUCUUCAAAUUCUGCUGUUUUUGUCUCUUGCUUUCCAGUGUUUAUACCUUUUCUUUUUCUUAUGUUCUUACAUUACCAAGGAUCCUCAGGACCAGAUUGAUGGCUGGCAUUCCUGUCUUCCUUCCUGUCCUAAUGGGGAUGUUUCUACUGUUUUGUCAUUAACUGUGAUUUUGUUGGAAGUUUCUCAUGAGCAAAGUUUAUCGAAUUAAAUAGAGCUUAUUUCUUACUGAAUAAGAAUUUUUGUUUUUAGUAAAAAAUGGACUAUGAAUUUUAACAAUACUUAUUCCUCCUCUGUUGAGAUUGUCAAAUGAUACUUCUUCAAUCUGUUGAUGUAAUAAAAAGUGCAUUCACUGACUUUUAAACAUGAAACCAUCCUUAGAUCUCUAAAAUAAUUUUUUUCCUAGACUAUCUGUUUCUUCUAGAUUUUCAAACUUUUUGGUAUAAUUUGUACAUGAUAUUCCCUCACAGGUUAUUUAAUCUCCAUACUAUUGUUAUUUCCUCUUUGGUUCUAGUUUAUCUUUGUUUUUCUCUUUAAUUAAACUUACUGAAAGUUUUAUGUUUUUAUUAGUCUUUUCAAGGCCUGUUCUUGGUAGUCAUCAAUUACUUUUCUAGCUUCCAAGACUUAAGGUUUAGUUACAUUUAGCCUUUUUGGUUUUCUAAUACAUACAUAUAAGGCUACAUGUUUUUCUGUGCAUAUCAAUUUGACUGCAUCCCAUGGGUGUAUAUAGAGCUAUUGUUGUCAUUUAUUGAUUAGCUUGCAUUUCAAUUUUGAUUUCCUUUUUAACCAAUUUCUGCCUUUUGGGGUUUUGUUGACAUUUUUAAGAUACGUAGUUACUUGUUAAUUUGUUAACGUCUCAUUGUGUUUGAAAACAAUGAGUAAUCUGUGAUUUGGAGGGUAUAAAGUUUACUUAUGUGUGUGUGUGUGUGUGUCUAGUAUAUACAUAUAUAUGAAAGAGUUAAGUAAAGCUUUUGAAAUUAUAUCAUACUCUGUGCUUAACCUGUCAGAUUCUGAAAAGUAUGAAGUACAAAAAGUUCAUGACUGUUUAUUUGGUGGACUGUGCAAUUUUUCAAAUGCCAAAAAAAAAAAAAAAAAAAUCACC